AUGAAGGACGCCUCCAAUGGAUUUGGCCCUGCGCCAUUGAUGACUGCCUGGAAUGUUGAGUCGCAAGUACACUUGAUCGUCGGUGCCAAUCCUUUGGCUGCCGCUCGAUGCGCCAAAAGUCUUGAAGCUGGCGCAAAACCUAUCAUCAUUGCGCCAGAGACGGCCGACGUGCAUUUCACUCUUGCCGAGCAGAUUUCCAAUGGCUCGGCGCAAUGGGUGCGUCGCGAAUUUCAAGAUGAUGACUUGACUACAUUGGGACGAGAGGAGGUAGACCGUGUGGUGGACACAGUCUUUGUCACUCUGGGUGGUAGUGACCCAUCGAGUAAGUUUCCAGUCAUUGGUCUUGGGAUUGGGAUAGGGAUAUCGCUGACCAUUUCUUCCGUAGGCACACACAUCUCAAAUCUCUGCCGACGCUUGCGAAUCCCCGUCAACGUAUCUGAUGCACCAGAGCUGUGUUCGUUCACGCUACUUUCUACCUACUCCGACGGUCCUCUGCAUAUAGGAAUCACAACCUCUGGCCGUGGCUGCAAGCUUGCGUCUCGUCUGCGUAGAGAGAUUGCUGCUUUCCUCCCAGCUGAUCUCGGAUCAGCUAUCGACCGACUUGGUAGUGUGCGCCGACGGCUCUGGGAAGAGGAUAACGAUGCCGGUCUCGGCGAAUCAAAUAUGGACGGCGAUGACGAUGACGCAUCGGGUCAGAAACACACAUUCAACACUUUAGUUACGGAAGACGAUGCCUCUGCGGCAAAGACCAGGCGUAUGCGUUGGUUGUCACAAAUUUGCGAAUACUGGCCUCUUCGGAAGCUUGUUUCGAUCACCGAUGAGGAGAUUGAUGCAAUUCUCAAAGCAUACUCAUCCACCAAGGACGCCGAGCUGGAGACCAACGGAGUUAACGGAACCAACGGUGUAUCAAAGAAGGGCAAGAUCGUGUUGGCUGGCUCUGGCCCUGGACAUCCAGACAUGCUUACUCGCGCCACAUACAAUGCCAUCCAGAGUGCUGACAUCAUUCUGGCUGACAAGCUUGUUCCGGCGCCUGUGCUGGAACUCAUUCCUCGCAGGACGGAAGUUCACAUUGCACGCAAGUUCCCCGGCAAUGCCGACCAAGCACAAGAAGAGUUCUUGCAGAUGGGUCUUGCAUCCCUGCGAAAAGGACAGCAGGUACUCCGCCUGAAACAAGGAGACCCAUACCUCUAUGGCCGAGGCGCCGAAGAAUUCGAGUUCUUCCGGGCGGAAGGUUAUACUCCCGUUGUGCUCCCUGGUAUUACCAGCGCCAUGAGUGCGUCUCUGUUCGCCGAUAUUCCGGCCACCCACCGAGGCGUCUCAGAUCAGGUACUGGUCUGCACUGGAACUGGCCGGAAGGGUGCUGCUCCAGAGCCUCCAGCAUACGUGCCUACUCAGACCGUUGUGUUUUUGAUGGCUCUUCACCGACUCUCUGCGCUUAUCGAGUCCCUUACCACAUACUCGGCUGAAGACUCGACCCGCUCACGCACUCUCUGGCCAAAGGAGACACCCUGUGCAAUUGUGGAGCGUGCUUCUUGCCCGGAUCAGCGUGUUGUUCGGUCAACACUGGAGCAUAUCUGUCGCGCAUUUGAAGAAGCGGGCUCUCGGCCACCGGGCUUGCUCGUUGUCGGCGCUAGCUGCCAUGUCCUGCAUAGGCCUGCGGAGGGCCAGAAGUGGGUGAUCGAGGAGGGAUUCCAUGGUUUGGACGGACUGCACAGCGACUUGGAUGCUGCAAUGGCGCUGACUGAAGAGAAGUAA